AUGGUUCGCUUAGUCACUCGUCUUCUACUUUCCGAAAGAGGUUUUUUCGGAAGACAUCUCGCAGAAGUACUCGUCGCACUCGCCUUUCACAAGUUUAAGUGUACUAACUUGUUUUCAGUCUGUGUUUCACCUUCUGGUACUGUAGGUGCAAACAAGUGUGUUAAUACUGCUGGUGUGACUGCUCAGCCUUUGUUCCAUACACUUUUCAAUUCUAAGGAAUUCAUCACUAAGUGUAAAGACUUUGAGCAGUGGAAGUUGAACGGAGCUAGAGUUAAAAUUCUUCCUACUACUUCUCAGACUGAUAAUACUCUGAAUUCUCUUCAUUAUGUGACUACAGCUUGA